UCACCCUCCCCACCCGACGCGGAGGUCAGCAGCAAAGCAGCAUGGCCGCGCUGUUAAGGAGGUCGCGGAGUCUGGUGAGAAAGUGCCGUAACCAUGUCUGGUUGCAGGGUUCCAGGUCCAUGGCUUCCAAAACCCAGGUGGGUUUUAUUGGCCUGGGACACAUGGGAAAUCCAAUGGCCAAGAAUCUCAUCAAACACGGGUAUCCUGUGAUUGCCUCAGAUGUUUUUCCUGAGUCUUGCAAGGAGCUACAGGAACUGGGUGCUCAGAUCCUAGACACUCCAGCAGAUGUGGCUGACAAGGCGGACCGCAUCAUCACAAUGCUGCCCUCCAGCCCUAACGUUAUUGAUGUGUACACAGGCCCCAAUGGCAUUCUGAAGAAGGUGAAGAAAGGCUCCCUCCUCAUUGAUUCUAGCACCAUUGAUCCUGCUGUGUCCAAGGAGAUGGCCGUUGCUGCUGAAAAAACGGGAGCCGUGUUUAUGGAUGCCCCGGUGUCUGGAGGUGUUGGAGCUGCCACUUCAGGAAAGCUGACCUUCAUGGUGGGCGGAGCAGAGGAGGAGUUCACAGCAGCCAAAGAGCUGUUGAGCUGCAUGGGUGCCAACGUAGUGUACUGCGGUCAGGUUGGCACAGGGCAGGCGGCGAAGAUCUGCAACAACAUGCUGCUGGCAAUAGGAAUGAUCGGGACUGCUGAGACCAUGAACCUGGGCAUCAGACUGGGGCUCGACCCCAAGCUGCUGGCCAAGAUCCUCAACAUGAGCUCCGGCCGCUGCUGGUCCAGUGACACCUAUAAUCCCGUCCCGGGGGUGAUGGAGGGCGUGCCCUCAGCCAACAACUACCAGGGAGGGUUUGGGACUACACUGAUGGCCAAGGAUCUAGGACUUGCCCAGAACUCGGCAAGCAACACGAAGACAGCAGUGCCACUGGGCUCACUGGCUCAUCAGAUAUACCGCAUGAUGUGUGCACGCGGCUAUGCGAGCAAAGACUUCUCCUCUGUCUUCCAGUUCCUGCGCGAGGAGUAGGGCCACUAGGGGCAAUGCUUCUCAGCCUAAACAUAGCCUUAUCCUACAUCGACUGGCUCGUCACGACUUGGCAGGCAUUGCGCUCAAAAUCUGUUUGUGCUGCAUCGUCAUGAGUGUUCUCUAAGACCUGUUUUAUCAGGGAGUGAGUAGAGCGGUAAGAGGGAAUAUUUAAAAAUGUUACGUAAUUUUUAAUUUAAUUUUUUUAGCUUGCCCUGUGUAAACCACACUCCAGCAUAGGACACUAGACAUUCAAUGCGAGGCAGGGGUUGGUUUGGUUUUUUGUUUGUUUUCAGUUUCUCCAUUUUGUUCUGUAGACUAACUUAUGAGUGUGGUCAGUGUGGUCAGUUUGGACCUGAUCUCAUGGUUUUUGCUGAAGGAACUGACAGUAGCUGAAAGGAAGAAGUGACAUGUUUAGAACCUACUAAAUAUAAACACGGCACAGCUCAGCCACUGCACACCUUAACCUGUGUUUCAGUGGACAUCCCCGCUUAUUUAUUUUCUCUUCUCAUUUGUUUUUAGAGGGUACGUUUUUCUUCAUUAUUCAUCUUUCCAUGGACUCUACUUUCUGAAUUUCAGCUGUAAAGUCUGGCAGGUUUAUUUUUGCAAUGGAAUCUGCAUGCUAUAUCGAUGUACCUCUGAGUUUGAAAUUAAAACAGAAAAUCAAAGAGA